AUGGACACGUCGGUGUUGUGUUUCGACCAAAAGGCCCCGAAUUCUGAAAAGCUCCUAGUGAUCGGUGCUGGUCUCAUGAGAACGGGGACUUUAAGUUUGCAAACUUCGCUGGAGUAUCUGCUUCAACGACCCUGCUACCACAUGUCGCGCGUUGCCCGCGAACUACGCGAACCCGCCAUCCGCCAGUGGAUAGAAGUGUACAGGAACGCCGGUGGGGGCAUCGAUCAGCCCCUUAGCGGCUACGGCGCCACUGUUAUCCUCACCGUCCGAGACGCCGACGAUUGGGUGGCGAGUUGCCGAGCGACAAUGCUCUCCCCUGAAAUGCUUCAGAAACCAAGUUGGGGUCUUCGGAUAGUCCAUGCGCUGGCCAACACCUCGAGUCUGUUGGAACUUCACGACAUUAUGUUCGGGAAAACCAUCGGUCCAGACUUCUCCACGUUUUCUGAUUCCGACCUUAAACACGCCUUCAACAAGUGGAACGCUGGAGUAAUUGCCAGUGUCCCAAAUGACCGAUUACUAGUGUUUGACCCGAAAGACGGCUGGGAUCCCCUCUGCAAGUUUUUGGGCCUGCCAAAACCCUUGGUGCCUUUUCCCCACGUGAACAAAAGGAGUGAAAUGCGCGAAGUCCUCGGAAGGCAGUUGAGAAGGGCCAAAUAUUUCGACAAACUGAUUUCAUCGAUAUACUUGACUGUCAUUUUCAUUUGCAUACUGCUACUGCUCUAG